AUGCCGAACGAAGACCCAUGGUCUCGCUCACUUCUCUCACCCAGCCCCAGUUUAUCUGACUGCGACCCCAUUGACAAAUCUGCACUUCACGGCUUUCUUGCGCACGAAACCACCGACGACAAUCUCCUGGACGAGCUCGACCUCAGCAAGCGCGAUGACGUCGCGAUUGUCAAGGAAACACCAUUCACUCUCGCCAAGCUGCGACCCAAGUCCAGCAUCAAGCAAGGCGUGAAGAGCAGAACACGACCCGUCCGUGGCAAUCUCGCGACCGCUGGGCAAGUCGCCAACCCUGAACACAGCAAACCACCGCCCCUGCCCCAGCAGCCAAAGCCUGACUGGAAGAACACUGGUAAUAUCAAACCGACUGCCGAGUUUCCCAUCGUUGCUGCCCUCGAGCGUCAAAAGGCCCUUCCUACUAAGGCGUCAAGGAAGCGCUUGCAGAACAAGCAGUCGCAGGCUGAUGUUGAAGCGCUCAUUCAAGAAACCAGCCAGCGCGCCGUCAAGAAGGUAAAGCGCGACAACGUAAAGUCUCUGCUUUCCUUCCGAUCUUCGAGUCCCACUUCAGUCACUGCUGGUCUUCAGCCGCUAGCUGUGAUGGACAAGGCCACAGUCUUCACCUCCCCUCAUUCAACACAACUGUUCAACAAGUCGGAUAAUGAACACACCGACCCAGCGCUCGAUGAGGCUACGGACCACGACCACAACGUGCACGGCACGGACGGCCUUCCGGAGCGCAUGAACAGCUCAACUCCACCCGACGCUCAGCUUGCGACUCCUCCUCAGUCCACGAUCGCCAACCGUCCUCCUGAUCCAGAGGUUGAGAUGGACGUUGACUCAUGCCCGUCUCAGUUCGCUAGCCUUGUCCGUCCCAAGCCCAUUCGUCCUCCAACUGUGCCAAGGCUGGAAGCCAUGGUGGCAGGUGGGACCAUGAAUCAUGCCAACAUUGUCCCUGAAAGGCCAUCGCGUUAUUUGCCCCACGGUAAUGACGACCAAAGCAAGGGACAUGGCACCGUUGACCACCCCGAACCAACAAGUGCAGCCAUGGCCUGGAGGUCGUCUUACCAGACCCCACACCGCCCGGAUCCUCAGCCUCACAACACCGUCGAGUACAAGUAUGGGCUCGUUUCACCCGAGCCUUCGCCCCAUGUUCACACAUAUGCUCCGGUCCAUGCCGUGCCUUCCCUUACCACUGCAUACUCGUACAACCCGGAUGGAUCCCAGGCAUUUGCACCCAGGCAUUGGCAGUCCAUCGUCAAGAAGACGACCACGGACGCCGAAUGGAGUACCUUUCCUACACGCAAACGCCUCACACUUCGUCCCGCAGCACCAACGACAUCAUCCAGCUUCCGCAUGCCCACCAAGUUGUUCACACCACAGCAAACUCCUCGCCCUCGCCCAUCGAUGGCACAAGGACCAUCAACCUCUCAAGGCGUCAAGCUUACUCUUUGGUCGCCGACUCCUCUCAGUCACGAUAAUGGCACGCAGCAAGCCAAGCAGAGCUACACGCCUCAUCACCUGCGCCUCCUUCAAAAUGCGGCGGGUAGUCCAACAAACGGCCGCGCUCGCGCCUACUCUCCGCAGCCUGAGCCCGAGUCUCAGCUUGAGCCGGAGUCUGAGGACUGGGUGGCCGCCUGGAGCCGUUCCGCCAACGUUGCCUCGCGUCGCAACACCUGUAAAUAG